GUCUUCGUGUGUCUAGAUCCAAGAAUUAGUGUGGCGAUUCCUAUAGUCGGGACCGCCGACUUCCUCGGCCUGCUGAGUGCCCGAUUAAUCGAGUCAUCUUUGUCACAGAGGGAUUUUCUGCCUAACAAGUUCCGCGAAAUAGUGGAGCAUAGAGUGGCCGACCUCGACAUUCGCCUGAAGGAUACCAAGCUGCUGAUUAUGAACGGACAAAAGGAUAAGGUCGUGCCAGCAGCUUUCAACGUUGGUUUCGUAGAAAAAUUGCGCACUAGCCACACAGGCAAACAAGGACACGAUUGGGACUUUAUUGUGGUCCCCGACGUCGGGCAUCAGUGGUGCCCAACCAUGAUCGAUCAAAGUCGCAAAUGGUGCCAAAAGUGGAUGCUUAUGAAAUCCGAACCAGCAGCACGCCUAUAA